AUGGAGAUCUUACCAAUAAUACUCUGUGACAAGAAGACCAGGGAACCGUUCCUCGCAUACGCUGACAAGAUUCUACGGGCAGCCGCAAAAAGAUAUAGCAACGCGGACCGGGAUAGAGCAGCUGAAGAACAGAUCAUCAUCUCCGGUAUAGACCCAACACCCAACUCCCGGCAUAUAGAACCGCCCACCCAAGUCGGUAUGCCUAGACAAAAAAUCGAAAGCAUACUAUCAAUGGGAGAGAGUGGGAUCCCGGGACUAAGAACGAAGAGCGUGGCCCUAUACAUGGACACCCCCUAUGAAAAACUGGGGAUCAGCUUCUGCUCGAACACCGGACCGAACAGCGUAUCUAUUGCACCGGGACUGGCCUCAAUCAUAAAAGGCAACUCUGGGAGAACCGCCAUGAGGAGGAAGAAACUGGAAGCAAUAGGAGAAGCGGAAGUCGGAAACCACAAAUGCCGCACUUUAGCUUCAUCAGUUCGUAGAAUGGAACAACCGUAUUAUAUGCCGGCACCCACAGGAUCCCCAAGGAACGUUCAGGGUAUAUCUUUGAAAAUGCAGUCAUCUGGAAAUUUAGUUCAUUUUACUGCUCAGACUCCGGAUACUAAAGUGGCUCUAAAAGUACGUUGCAAAAGAAAAAGUGAAGAUGUAAUGUGUCCACCAAUACCGGUAAAACAAUUUAUAACAGAGGAGAUAAUGGCAGCUCAUCUCAAUGCUUUGCACAUAUCAUCAAGCUACACAGAACACUUCCUAGGUAGUGGGGAUGCGAUGGAGGUGGACCCGACAGCAUCAGUUGCAACAACUUCUAGCAUCAGCAGAAAACUCAAGGGGCAUACCAUCAUACUACUAUUAGAUAAUGUACUGCUAAAGCCACAGAUGUCACUUGUAGUUUGGAGACCAAGAGAGAACAUUCUAGAAAAGAUAAAAGAAGACAAAGAUGUAGAAUCCGAGGAAGAGAAACUGGAAAAGAGAAAUGGUGUCCUUGUGGUAGAACAUUCUAGAAUGGAUAUGGAAAUGUGA